UUUCUUAUGAUUAUCAGUGGUUAAACUCUGUUGAAUGUUAUCAUCCAAGUCUUGAUAAAUGGACACCUGUAGCAGAAAUGAGUGUAAGUCGCGCUGGAGUGGGCGUUGGAGUUUUAGAUGAUGUACUUUAUGCUGUAGGCGGUAAUGAUGGAUUAAAUGUUCACAAAAGUGUUGAAGCAUACAGUCCAAGUACAGGAGUUUGGACUAAUAUUCCGGACAUGCAUUUGUGUCGGAGUAGUGCAGGAGUAGCAGUAUUAGAUGGAUUAUUGUAUGUCAUCGGAGGUUGGACGGAACUUCUUAUUUGGAUUCUGUAGAAUAUUACAAUCCUAAAACUAAUAAAUGGACCGUGGUCACUGCGUCAAUGAAGGUUGCAAGGAGUUUAGUCAGAGUUGUAGUCAUUGAAAGGCCACGAUAUUUAAAAAAACGGAAUCAAUCAUGUUUUUCAUUUUUGAUUGAAUAUAUCAAUAUAUAUUCAAUUAUCUCAUUUUGUACAAUAGUAUCUUUAUUCUUUUUCUAUUUAUUUUCUAGUUUUUGAUUGUUUUAAUAAUAGGGUUUUUAUACCUACACUAGACAUUUACAGUUGAUAGGCCACCAUAUCCAUAUGUUUAAAUAACAGCAUUCAAUACGUUUUAUUUUUAUACCACUACUAUCCUAAUUUGUAUGAUAAUAUAUUUAUUUUUUUUCUAUUAA